ACAACUUUGAUUGGGAAAGGUUGUAGCUUGAUAGCUACGUUUGUCAUGUUACUUUCAUUUUUUAUGCAAAAAUAAAUGUCCAGUCUGAAAGUCGGAUGUUGAAGUUGUCAAGCACAAGGAAAUUGCGUCAGUUUUUCCUCGACAUACUGAUAAAGGCCCCAAUCUAAUAGCCCACUGUGAAGGCUCAGGCUGUCAUAAUGUCGGAGCCCAAGGCACCCACCCCGACUCCGGCUGGAGACACUUACAAAGGAUGGCUAUUCAAAUGGACAAAUUACAUCAAGGGCUACCAGCGACGAUGGUUCGUCUUGAGCAACGGUUUACUAUCCUACUACAGGACCCAGGCGGAGAUGGGCCACACGUGCCGGGGCACCAUCAACCUGGCCACGGCCAACAUCGCAGUGGAGGACUCGUGCAACUUUGUCAUCUCCAACGGCGGGGCACAGACCUACCACCUGAAGGCCAGCUCUGAGGUGGAGCGGCAGCGCUGGAUCACCGCCCUGGAGCUGGCCAAGGCCAAGGCUGUCCGCAAUCAGGCCGAGUCUGAUGACUCUGGUGAUGAGUGUCCCACGUCACCCCCUACCUUGGGACAGGGCGGAGGGGCACGUAACUCUAACUCAGAGGUACAGUCCACACUACGCACGCUGGGCAGCAAGGUGGAAGACCUGAGCACCUGCAACGACCUCAUCGCCAAGCACGGCUCCGCCCUCCAAAGGUCCCUGUCAGAGCUGGAGGGGGUGCGUCUGGGAGGCGACACGGAUGGCAAGAUCCGGCAGGUGACGGAGAGAGCCACGUUGUUCCGCAUCACCUCCAACGCUAUGAUCAACGCAUGCAGAGACUUCCUAGCGCUGGCCCAGGCCCACAGUAAACGGUGGCAGAAAGCCUUGCAUUCGGAGCGGGACCAGAGGAUAAGGCUGGAGGAAACAUUGGAGCAGCUAGCCAAGCAGCACAACCACCUGGAGAGGGCCUUCAGAGGGGCCACCGUAUUGCCCCUCUCCCAGAGCAACCCUGCCCUGAACAGCAAGAUUUCGGGCUCAGCAAAGGGAGACGCAAGUGACGAGGAUGAUGAAAACGAGUUCUUUGACGCUAUGGAGGACCCGGCGGGGUUCAUCACUGUACCGGCUGACCCCAAGUAUCAUAGAAGGUCAGGAAGUAACAUCAGUGGUCUCAGCGCUGAGACUGGAAUCGAUGACCAAUCGCUUUGUGACGAGCAGUCGUUGGGGUCCAAUCCGGAGUCGCCCCAGUCCCUGGAGGUGGAGCCGGUGAGGAAGAGGCGGACCAAAAUCCCAGACAAGCCCAACUAUUCGCUGAACCUCUGGAGCAUCAUGAAGAACUGCAUCGGCAAAGAGCUCUCCAAGAUCCCCAUGCCUGUGAACUUCAACGAGCCGAUCUCCAUGCUGCAGCGUCUGUCCGAGGACUUGGAGUACUACGAGCUCCUGGACAAGGCGGCUAAAUGCCAGAGCUCUCUGGAGCAGCUGUGUUACGUGGCUGCCUUCACCGUAUCGUCCUACUCCACUACGGUCCACCGUACAGGCAAACCCUUCAACCCCCUACUGGGGGAGACCUACGAACUGGACCGGCUGAGGGAGAGCGGCUACCGCUCAUUGUGUGAACAGGUGAGUCACCACCCACCUGCAGCUGCUCAUCAUGCCAUCUCAGAGAGAGGCUGGACCCUCCGACAGGAGAUCUCCCUCGCCAGCAAGUUCAGGGGAAAAUACCUCUCCAUCAUGCCUCUGGGUUCUAUCCAAUGCGUGUUUGAGAAGAGCAACAAUCACUACUCGUGGAAGAAAGUCACUACCACAGUACACAACAUCAUUGUGGGCAAAUUGUGGAUCGACCAGUCGGGAGAGAUAGACGUGGUGAACCACCGGACCGGUGACUGCUGCCAUCUCAAGUUCGCCCCGUACAGCUACUUCUCCAGAGACGUGGCCAGGAAGGUGACUGGUGUGGUGACCGACAAGGAGGGUAAGGCCCACUAUGUGCUGUCAGGGACGUGGGAUGAGAAGAUGGAGUUCUCCAGGGUGAUGCAGAGCAAUAAGGGAGAGAACGGCACCGAGGGCAAACAGAAGACCGUCUACCAGACGCUCAAAGCCAAGGAGCUCUGGAGGAAGAACCCACUACCGGAGGGAGCAGAGACCAUGUACUACUUCUCGUCGCUGGCGCUGACGCUCAACGAGUCCGAGGAGGGCGUGGCGCCCACCGACAGCCGGCGACGGCCCGACCAGCAGCUGAUGGAGGCGGGCCGGUGGGACGAGGCCAACGCCGAGAAGCAACGGCUGGAGGAGAAGCAGAGGAGCGUCCGCCGCGAGAGGGAGAGGGAGGCCCAGCGCGCAGCCAACCUGCCCGAGGAGGGGGCAGAAGGGUUGGAGGUAGCGGAGGAUGCUGUCAUUGAGGACUCUUUCAUCACUGACUCGCCUUUGAAAACGGACCCCGACGAUUCUCCACCUCACACACCAACACCACGUGGUCCGCCCCUCUCAGAGUAUCAAAUGGAUGACAUGGAAGGUCAUUAUGGAGCUGCGGUCAAAAGCGUCCACCAGGACAACUAUGAGGCGAUGUGGUUCGAGAGGACCGAGGACGUCGUCACGGGAGAGUCCAUGCACGUCUACAAGGGGGGCUACUGGGAGGCGAAGGACCACGGCAACUGGGACAUUUGCCCAGAUAUAUAUUGAUCCCCCCCCCGAUCAGCGAAUUGUACUAACCCAGGCAUUUGGAACAAGCCACAAGCUGCCCUUUUUCCCCCCAAUUGAGGAAGGGACAAACUGGGUCGACCCUGUUUAACCCCAACCCUCCCUCUUUCAGGAUAGAUUUUGGGUUGUAAUGCCCCUUACCUCUCCCCUAUCACUCUCUGUGGGGAUGGUGUGCAUAGGGGCUGUGAGACCCUGUAGGACAAUGCAACCGGACAGGGGGAAAGACCUGCUUUCUUCUGCCUUCAUCUUCCAUGUAGGGUCAACUUGCCCCUAGAUGCUGAUCUGGGGUCAGUUUUGCAUUUCCCCCGCUAAUGUUUAAGGUUAGGAUUGGGGGAGCUGAAGCUGAUCCAAGAUCUGUAGCUAGGGAAAACGUCACCCCUGAAAGCUUAAUCUUCACUACAAUGAUUAGAUAUCUCCCUUUAGAGCCACUGCCACUGGCUAGACCUCUGUGUCUUCUGUUUCUUCCUUUGCUGCUCUCUUUCUCACCCACUCCAUCUCUUGUUAUGUUAGUCUGUGGAAAAGACUGGGGGCAGAUAGGUGGUCUGGUUGAUGGUGUUAAAUCGCUAGACUCUAUCAAACACUAACUCUACCUUGCUCCUUUUCCAAAGGAUAUGGACUAAAUGCAUAUGGACAUGAACAGUUUGUGUGAGAGAAGAGGGGGGUUAUAAUAGCAAUGGGUUGGUGCUUAUGUCUGCUUUGAGGCUGCCAGAUUUUCAAAGCUUCACAAAUGCUGUUUAAGAGGUGUGUGUGUGUUUGUUUGAGAGAAAGGGGGUGAGCAACAAAUGCAGGAGCCCACGUGUGUGUGCAUGAGAAAAUGUGUGUGUGAGAGAACCCAGUGACACCACAUUAGCUCCUCUGCUGUGGCUGUUUGGGCUCGGAGCCUGUUAUCCCUCUCAAAGCAGCUAAAUGAAGGAUAUAUCGUCAUAAAGUACUAUUUAAACAGUUCCUACUACGUCCUACAUCCCAAAGAUGACUUCCACCUCUUCAACAGCAAAACAAUCUAGCGUAGCCUUAUCGUUUUCUAUUAUGGUUAGUGUAUGAAGCAGACUCGACCAUAACAUAUUGGAAUAGUGGCCUAGUAAUUUAGUGUCCAAAAUGGCACCCUAUUCCCUAUAAAGUGCACUAUAAAUGAAUAGGGAUGCAUCAAGAGAUUACUUGUAAUCUACUUUAACUAAAGUGUGUGUGCACUAGUACAGUGUGUGAGGUUUGAGUUCCAAAAAUAAGAAUUCACAUUUUAUUUUCAAGUGUACUUACAAAAUGUUUCUGAGACCGAGGAAAAAAAAGGAAUAUUGCUAAUAUUUGUGUAAAUAAUAUUGAAUAGUUAGAUCUAAGUAUGGUGAUUGUUUAAGGUCAGAGAGAACUCCCAUUGGUUUCUGUAAAAUAGAACAUGACUGUUUCUCCAUUAAUUGUAAGUCAACUAACUUGUUUGAUUACUUUUCUCCUACUCCCUGGCCCCGUACACACUCACUUUGUACAAUACGUUUGAUCCAGUUACACUGCUGUAAGACACCACAAUAGUUGUAAAAAAAAUAUCAUUGUCAGGUGCUAGUUUACUGGACUUGUCUUAAGUUCAUAUGGUCUAUCUUUGAGUUUCCUUUCUCUGUCCUCCCAUUUGUUGUAGUUCCCCAUCUUUAAGUUCAUUCAUUCUCUUAUGGAUCUUGGUCAGUGCGCUGAGUAUAACAGCAUCGCAGGGUGAUGUAAUAAAGCCUGACUGGAGAAGUGCA